UAUAAAGUGGUAUAUAUGCCAGGAGAAAAUGUAAGAUUUGAAAACUAUCUGUAACAAUUUCCGAGUUCAUCUCAGAUAUUUGGAAUUCAUCCCAUAUUUCAAGUUCAUCUCGAAAAUUCAGAGUUAUAUUUUUAUUUAAAAUUGAGAAGAAAAGGGCGGGGAACUAAAAUUAACUGUAACUGCUUCGAAUUUCUGGGAAUGAACGAAAAGUCCGCGAGUCUGUGAUAAAACACAUUGGAAUCACGUUGUUUUCAUUUUCCUUACAUUAAAUAUGUCGUCUUGGAAAGAAGUUCAACAAGCUCAGGAUGAAAAACGAUGUGAGCUUGUUUUCACUGGACCUUUAUACGCAGAACGUAUCGAAAAAAAUGGCUUAGAUCCAGGCAUUUUUAAAGUAACUCAUAUUAAUUUCUUAGAAAUUAGCAAAACUUGUUUAAAGGAGUUACCGUCUGAGAUUGGCCAAUUAAGUAACCUAACCAGAAUGAUAGUUUCUUACAAUGAUUUAAAUAGACUUCCAUCAGAAAUACAGAAUCUGAAAAAAUUGAAAUUUUUAGAUGUUUCUCAUAAUGCCUUAACCGAAUUACCGUCUGGUUUAUCAGAUUUAAGUGAACUUAUGUCAUUAAACGUUAGCGCUAACCAGCUGACGGAAAUUCCAGCCUUAAAUGAAUUGUUAAAAUUGGUUACAUUAAAUAUCUGUUGCAAUAAAUUUACUACCAUCCCUGUAAGCAUUUGUAAUCCAAAACUAAUUCAUUUUACAGAUUUAAUAGCUAAUAACAAUUUGAUUUCUGAGAUACCCGUUGAAAUUGAGCAGUUAGGAAGCUUAAAGGUUCUUGAUUUGGGUGAGAAUCAGCUGGUCAAUAUACCAGGUGAACUUGGAAGCUGUAACAAAUUAAAAGAAUUGAAUCUUAAAGGUAAUAAAUUAAAAGAUAAGCGUUUAUUAAAACUUGUUGAUCAGUGUCAUGCUAAACAAGUCAUGGAUUAUAUAAGAAGCCAUUGUCCCAAAGCAAAUGCUGAUGGUAAUAAGCAAGGAAAAUCUAAAAAGAAGACAAAACAAGCAAAGAAGACUGAAACAGAAGAGGUUAUUGAACUGUUAGAUGAACUCAAAGUUCUUCAUGUCAAUGAUGAUACAUUAAAAGUUGUUUUAACUCCAAAAGUUACUGAAGUUCGACCUUAUAUUGUCUGCUGCAAAGUUUUGGACGUUAAUUUAGCAAAUCCUGGCUUACUGAAAAAAUUUAUUACUUUACAAACUAAACUUCAUGAUGGCAUUUGUGACAAGCGAAAUGCAGCAACUAUAGCAACACAUGAUUUGUCAAAAAUAAAUGGAGAUUUGAUUUAUGAUGCCAGACCACCUAAUGAGAUUAAGAUUAUACCUUUGAACAGAAAGAAAGAAUACACAGCAGCUGAACUGUACUCUCAACUGAAUGAUGAAGCUGAUGCCUUACGGAAGGAAAAGAAAAAAAAUACAUAUUCAGGAAUCCAUAAGUAUUUAUAUAUGUUGAAAGACAAGCCAUUAUAUCCAUGUCUAGUUGAUUCUUCUGGUGUAGUAAUAUCUUUCCCUCCCAUAACAAAUAGUGAAGGAACAAAGAUAUCAACUGAAACUAGACGCAUCCUUUUGGAAGUGACUGGAAUGAAUUUGAAUACAUGCAAAAAAGUGAUGGAUACUUUAUUAAUAGAGAUGCUGAAAUUAGGCCUUGGAAAUUUGGAUGCUGAAGCCAUUAAUGAUGAAGAAAGUGAAACACAGAGAAAUACUCUCCCUAUUCAGCAAAUAAAAGUUGUAGAUGAAGAAGGACAGUUGAAAGUUGUGUAUCCCUCUCGAACUGACAUCCAAAUUGAUGGCAUUUUAGUGACAAGAGCUUGAUGUGAAUAUUUUUGGAUGGAAUAAAUCAUCCUUUUGUUUCA